AUUUUGUCCACAUGAGAAGCUGGCCUGUCCUGUCCAUCUACGUAGCUUGUCACCAAGGAGUGUCGGGUCAGGCAAGAGAGGGGGAAAAAAAAGGAAGAAGCCAACACCGCGCUUCGAACCCACCCCCCUCACCUGCAUGUAGUCCCAUGCAACCACACAUUUCUUGGCACGAAAAAACACCACACCUCCAAAUGAAGCCUGUAAGAGUUGGAAAAAAAACUGGUAGCUUCUCUUUGAUUGAGCGUGUCAUCCUUAGUGCAGGGGCCAUGCUAAUCUUCUCUGUAUCGUUUCAAAUUGACCAAAUGCCCGAAGGCACUUGAUUCCUGUUUACAAUGGGUUAUAUAGGACGGGCGGGUAAGGAUUCAACGCUCUGAUUGGCUGGUAAGCGAGGGGUCGCGGAACACCAAAUCUGCCAGCCAGCUCGCUCUGCCCGUUUGUUUGGUUUGUUGUCUUCAUCCCGCGGUUGUGCAGGUGCGGUAUGGUCGUGGGAGUUGGGUCAAAAGGAUCAGCAGUGGUAUGAUCGUAGGGGGUGAAUGCAGUUGUUUUGGUUGAUUGAAUAUGUGUGGGAUCGUGGGAGGCAUCUUUAGUUGUGUGAGCUUCACCGGGGGGGGGGAGUUGGUAAGCGCCGUUUCGGGAGAGGGGAAGCAUGAGAGAUAAUGGGGGCCGAAGUAGAGAAAAUCUGUCAAGUCAAGUCAUUGUGAUCAAAAUACUAAUCGAGAUUAGGAGGAAAAG